AUGUCUAGAAUCAAAUGGGAGAAAGCUCUUGGGAAUAUCGCUACUCUUUCCCUAAGUUACAAUUACCCUAUUAAUAUCAUAGUUAACGAGAAAGACUUUAAGUCAAAUUUAAUAUUUCUUUCAUGCAUUAGCAAUAAAGUAAAGAAUAGUUUAUAUUCUGGGAACGCUUCUAAAAUCUAUAAAUUCAAUUGUAGCAUCAAAGAUCAAGGAACUUAUAAAAUUCUUGAAGAUCUUUUUCAAGGUCAAUUGAUAAGCAACGAUUUGCCAGAAAGUAUUAAUACAGACUUGUUUGAAUUUGCAUUGUCUAUUGAAUGUCCAGAUUUAUUAGAAUUUUAUUAUGAAAAGUAUGAACUUUUUAAAUAUUCAUUAGAAAACUUCGACAAGAACGUUACAUAUUGCAAAUACAUUGAUGCAAAAGACGAAUUCAUCAAAUUUGUUUCACAAAACAUAUACAACAUCGGAAUUGACAAGUUAGUCGAAACAUGUAAUUAUUUAGGAUAUGAUUUUUCAGAGAAGAUUAUUCUAUCAUGUCUUGAACAAUCAAUCGAUUUCAAUGAAUUUAUUUCAUGUUUAAUUGAUAGUCAUUCAUUAUUCUUCAACUUGAUUCUUUUAAUUGAUUCAUCUCAAUUAAAAUUCGAAACAAAAAUCAAAAUUCUUCAUUGUUAUUUUAGUUUUAACAACAAAACAGAUCUUACAAACGAAUCUAUUAACCAAUAUAUCCUCAAAUUACUUCCAACAAUUACUAAUGAAUAUCAUAAAACUAAACAAAAGAUAGAUGAAUUGAAAAAUGAAGCUGAAUUCUCUAAACAAGAAAUAGAUAAAUUGAGAAAAGAAAUAGAAAUAUCAAAGCAAGAAAAUGAUGAAUUGAGAAAAGAAGAAGAAAUCUCUAAACAAGAAAUAGAUAAAUUGAGAAAAGAAAUAGAAAUAUCAAAGCAAGAAAAUGAUAAAAUGAAAAAAGAAGCAGAAAUAGCAAAGCAAGAAAUAGAUAAAUUGAGAAAAGAAAUUGGAGAUGGAAAGGUAAUUGUCAGUUAUUCAGGAAAUCAAUAUGAUGGAAUAUUUUCAUAUUUAAGAAAUAUAAAUAAUGGUCAAAAUCCGCUUACUUGUGGUGCAAUAUCUGUUACAACGUCAAAUGGUAGCAGUGGGAAUAGUUCUGAUUUAUUUGAAUAUUCAAAAAAGAAUCAUUGUUGGGGUUUACAAGAAAUAGAAAACAAUUCCGUAAUAUUUGAUUUCAAAGGUAAAAAAGUUUCUCUUUCUGCUUAUACAAUUAAAGCACAUGAUAAUAGUGCCUAUUGGGACAAACCAGUAGAUUUUGCAAUUGAAGGAAGUAAUGAUUUUAAUAAUUGGCAAAUGAUUGAUAAUAAACCAAGUAACACUGAUAUAAACUACAAAAAACCUAUUCAUACAUGGGUCUGUUCUAAAUCACCAUUUUAUCGUUAUAUACGAUUUAGAUUGAAAUCUAUUUAUGACACUGGGCUUCUAUACACAGAUCAUUUUGAAUUUUUUGGUAAAAUUAAAAUCUAA